AUGAACAUCCUGGACACCUUGUUUGGCCGGUCAAUGACCCCUGCAGAGCGUCUGCGACAGCAUCAAAGAUCCCUUCAAAAAGCACAGCGAGAGCUGGAUAGGGAAAAGGGGAAAUUGGAAGCUCAAGAAAAAAAGACAAUGGCUGAUAUAAAGCGAAAUGCCAAAGCUGGUAAUAUGAAUGCAUGCAAAAUCCUCGCGAAAGAUUUGGUACGGACGAGAAGGUAUAUUCAGAAAUUCACACAGAUGAGAGUACAACUUCAAGCGGUAUCACUCAGAAUGCAAACACUAAGAAGCAACGAACAAAUGGCCACAGCUAUGAAAGGCGCAACAAGAGCAAUGGGCCAAAUGAAUCGAAGUUUGAAUCUUCCUCAAAUACAGAAAAUCAUGAAUGACUUUGAGAAAGAAUCCUCAACUAUGGACAUGAAAGAAGAAAUGAUGUCGGAUGCAGUGGAUGAUGCGAUGGAGGACGAGGAUGAAGGCGAAGGCGAAGAGGUAGAAAGUGAUAAGAUACUGAAAGAGGUCUUGGACGAGAUUGGUAUGAGUAUGAACGAAUCUCUCGCCUCCGCACCAACUGCCAAUCCGCUAGCCAACGAACCGGUACAGAACUCUCGAGUGGCAGUAGCCGAAGGUUUGCCAUCUAUGCCUACCGGCGGUGGCGGGGAGACACCAAAAGGACCAGGUGGAGGCGGAGGACCGAUGAGCGCAGACGAGGCUGAUCUUCAGAAACGAUUAGACGCGUUGAGAAGAGAUUAA